CGUGUGAUAUCUUAUCGUUUCUUAUCGUCUUUGUUUGCUAACAGUUAUUGCGGCUAUAGAGGAAGAGUGCAGAAAUAGAAGAAGGAUAUAAUAAUGAGUGCAGAUGUCCAAUUCGACGAGAUCAGCGACGACGAAGCCCAGGUCUUCACCAGCACCACCACCGACACUAGCAACGACAACGGAUUCGUCCCGCCCGGCGUCCGACUGCUUGAAAAAGACCCAGACGUCUCGAGUACAUAUCACUCUGCUAUUCCAGUUGAAGUUCUUAAAGCUGGGACCUCUGAGGGCUGUGUGUUGGGCGUCGACGAGGCUGGUCGUGGGCCUGUUUUAGGUGCUAUGGUUUAUGCCCUCAGUUAUUGUCUAAAGUCGUAUUCAGACCGCCUUCCCUCGUUCGGCUUUGCCGAUUCAAAAACCCUGACACACGACGUGCGCGUCCGUCUAUUCUCCCAGAUCUGCAACGACAAGUCCGACGAAGAACUAUACAGAAACAUAGGCUACGCCACGCGAACAAUGUCUGCCCGCGACGUCUCAAGCGGCAUGCUUCGCUCCAACGCCAGCGGCGCCUAUAACCUGAACGAGCAGGCGCACGACACGACCAUCACGCUUAUCUCGGAGGUUCUCAAGGCGGGGGUGAACGUGACGGAGAUCUACGUGGAUACCGUCGGUCCGCCGGCGUCGUAUCAGGCUAAGCUGGCGAGGUAUUUUCCGGGCAUCAAGGUCACGGUCACGAAGAAGGCGGACUCGUUGUUUCCGAUCGUAUCGGUCGCUAGUAUCUGUGCGAAGGUUACGAGGGAUAUCGCGUUAAUGAGGCGAGAGGAGAUGCUGUCGAGGAGAGUGGAGGAGAGCUGGGGAAGUGGGUAUCCAGGAGACGCCCGGACGGUACGGUGGUUAAAAGAAGCCAUAGACCCAGUCUUUGGCUGGACCAACGUCGUCCGGUUCUCCUGGCAAACCACGAAGGACUUGCUAGACAAGGACGAUAACGUCAAGGACGUUGAAUGGAUUGAUUCGAAAGCUGGGAAGCUGCAGUUUAAACCGCCAAAGGAGGCGUCGGCUGCGCUGUGGUUCGGUACUCCGGUCACUUCGCAGUUUUGAGUAAUAUUGUAACUAAUAACAAACUACAAUAGAUAACUACAAUAGAUAGAA